ACGAUGAAGAAGGAAGAUGAAUACAAAAUAUUUCAAUAAAAAUAAAAAAAUUAUUCAAUUUAAUUGUUGGCAUGAUUAUUCAAUUUGACAUAGAAAUAUCACAUGAGUACGGGGUACGGAGUUAGGCGAUGUAUCAUCAACUUUGUUCUCAGAGCACUCACAGACCCACGUUUAUAGACGGCCAUGAAUUUGGUGCCCAAGCUCUCACUCAUAUACACUACCAGGUUAACCGCAAUCCAACCCGUCAAUAAAUCUAAUUUUCUAUCAGUUUAUACGUAUUUACGAAGUCAAUCCAGUUUUUCCCUGCAACCCAACCCCGUCAAUAUGUUCACUCAAUAUGUUUUUAAUUAAAACUUCAAUUAUUAUUUUUUAACUUUAUAUAUGCAAUAUUGAUGUCAUUUGAAAGAUCAUAAAAAGUUAUGAAAUUGGGUAUAUUUUUUAUAAAAUUUCGACUAUAAAUAAAAAAGUUAUAACCAUUUAAAUAAAAGAUUGUUUUAUUUUAUCUUCAGUCCCACAUCCUGCUGCUCUCCCUUGAUGCAACAUGCGCUGCCUUCGAUGCUCUCUCUUUUGUUCGCAGGAGUCGAUAUGGGGCAUAGUUGUCCCUCCCAUGGGUUUUCCAUACUCCCUGUGGCUUAAUUGGGGUGAAUAGCUCAAAUUUGGGGCUUUCACCCCACCGGUUGCGGACAGCCGUGAACGGAGUAUUUUACUGCCAAGUUUGAAUUCUGGUACUAAAACAGAAUACAAACACGUCAAUUUUAUUUGGGAAUUUUGAAACAUUUUUAACUUAUUUUGGGUAAUAUUCUUGUUUUAUUUCUUAUUCUCUUUUAAGUCUUAACGGUUUGUUUCAGAAUCUUCAAAUUCCUCUCUCUCUUCCUAUUUCUUAAUUACUCUGUGGGCUAACUAAGCACAUUCACUUUGCUGCUAUUUCACAGCCCUCGAAUUUCUGAAAAAUCAUAUCCCUCCUCUCAUUCUAAGGUCGGUUGUAGUAUAUGGUUAUGGAUCAUCGGCUCAGAAGCUUGCCUAACUCCUCCAUGAACAGUUUCAAGUAGGAUAAUCAGAUCAUUUUCUCUACCUUUAAACCAUCAGUGGACAUUCCAGACAGUUACAAGAAUGCCCUUUCAAUGGCACAACCUCCUAACCCAGGUACUCAUGCUCCUGCUUUGGACUCUGAUCCCGUGCUGGAUUACAUUAGCCAGAUGCUACUAGAGGAGGAGAGCAUUGAUGGGAACAAUCACAACAUGUUCAUUGAUCCCAGUGCUCUUAUAGCUGCUGAGAAUGCCUUUUACGAAGCCUUGCAUGAGAACCCUUCCCCGCCUAUUAUUCACAGCAAUCCUGGAAGCUCUUGCGGGUAUGGUGUUGAUCCAGGAGAACCCGAAUCAUGUGUGGCAAGUGAGCCUCCCCCUGAUCUCCCCAUCCAAUUAUCAUCAGAUGUGUCAAACGGUUCUCUAUGUAGCUUUGACGAUAGUGAGUCCUUAUCUGAAUUCAUGAGAGGUGUGGCAGAAGCUAGUGUGUUCCUUCAAGCUGCCCGUAAUCAGCGGGUCAAUGAUGAUUUGGAGAAAUAUGAGGAAUCACUGAGAGAUGUUGAUGUCACCAAGGUACAGAAGUACCAUUCAGUGGACUCGAACCGUCGAGGAAAGAAGCAUUAUUAUCAUCCAGAAGAAAGUGGUGUGGAAGAAGAAAGGAGCAGCAAACAGUCUGCAGUAUGUAAGGAAGAGGUUGAGUUAUCAGAGGUUUUUGAUAAGGUUUUGCUGUGUGCUGAAGAUGAUGGUGGUGGGGAUAAAGAUUCUCCAUCUGGAGUGAGACAAAAAGGGCGAAGUGGUCGCCGCCAUCUAAAGAAACAGGGAGUUAAUUGUGAAAUUGUCGAUCUGGUGUCUCUUUUAAUCGGUUGCGCACAAUCUAUUGCUGCCACUGAUUAUAGGAGUGCAGAAGAUCAAUUAAAGGAGAUCAGGCAGCACUCUUCUUCUACAGGUGACUCCAAUCAAAAAGUGGCUCAUGUGUUUGCUAACAGUCUGGAGGCACGUUUGGCUGGAACUGGGUCACAAUCAUAUAAAGCUUUAUCUGGUAAUGACCUCAUAGUCCCAGAGCUGCUAAAGUCCUACAUGUCACCUAUGCCAUUUAUGAGAAUGGGACUUUUCUUUGCAAAUAAAAUGAUUUGUGAAGUAGCGUCCAAAGGUGUGUCACUGCACGUUAUAGACUUUGGGAUUCUCUAUGGUAUCCAGUGGCCCACUCUUAUCCGAGAUCUUUCUCAAAGACGUGGUGGCCCUCCUAAACUUCGAAUAACAGGAAUUGAGCUUCCCCAACCCGGUUUUCGUCCAGAGAAGAUGGUAGAAGAUACAGGUUCCCGCUUGGCAAAAUGCUGCCAGCGUUACGGUGUGCCGUUCGAGUACAAUGCGAUAACAAGGCAUAACUGGGAGACUAUUAAAGUUGAUGAUUUAAAGCUUUUGAAUGAUGAGGUGGUUGCUGUUAACUGUUUUCUUCGAUUUGAGUACCUGUUGGAUGAGACAGUAGUUACCAACAGCCAUAGGGAUGCAGUUUUAAAAUUAAUACGGGAAGUAAGUCCUCAUAUAUAUGUCCAAGCAACGAAUAAUGGACCCCACAGCUCUCCUUUCUUUGUCAUGUGUCAGGCUAUUAUGCCACUCCAUGAUCCACUCCAUGAUCAUGAUAGAUUGAAUUUUGAACAAAUUAUAGGACGGGAUAUAAUGAAUAUCGUAGCAUGUGAGGGCAUGGAAAGAUUGUUGAGGCCUGAAACAUGCAAGCAGUGGCAUUCUCGCAUUUUGAGUGAGGGCUGGCUUUAAGCCGAUGCCCCUAAAACCUAAACUCGUGAAGGAGUUGAGACGAAAGGUGAGGACAGGAUAUCACAAAGAUUUUGUGAUUAUGGACGAGGGUAACUGGAUAUUGCAGGGGUGGAAAGGUCGGAUUUUUGGCGGCAGCUCUUGUUGGGUUACUGCUGAUAAUUUAACAACUUCUGGUAGCAACUGCAGUUAGUAAAUAUCACUGCUUUGCCUCAUUAUAGUAGGGCUUGGCAAAACGAUUUGAUUGAGCCGAACCAAAUUGAAAAUUGGUUGUUUGGUUUGGUUUGGGGCAAUGAAGUAAACCAUUUUGUAA